AGCAGCGGGGUCGAGGACAGCACCGAGGCGCGAUUCACCUGCUCCGCUUAGAUUGUUUCAUGUCAGAAGCUCGCUUUUGCUGACCUGGCAACAUGUUCAAGAAAAAGAGCAAGUCCACCGCGAUAACGCCGCAAACAUCAGCUUCCAGCACUCCUUCCACAGAACUCAGUGUUCUGAUAGAGAAGCUGCAGAAGAAUGCUGAUAAAGUGGAGAAGAACAUUUAUGAUGUUGAGCAAAACCUCAAUAAGGAUGUGAAUAAGAUCAAUGAGGGGAAGCAGCCGUUGUAUCAGGAUGACACCAACAAGAGAAUCCUCAAUUCUCUGGAUCUGCUGGUCGGUUUGGAUGACGACGCAGUCAAUGCCAAGCGCCUCGGACAUCCACAGGCCGAGAUGAUAGAAAAGGACAUGAAGCAGCUGCGCCACCGAGUGACAAAGCUGAGAGACGACCAUGAGCGGAUCUACCACCUGGUCCGUACGGAGGGGACGCCCACGAUCAACUGGGGCAACAUGAUGGAUGAGAAGCAGAGCAACUUAGACAACAAGGGCUUUGGCCAAGACCUGCCGUCUGUGGAGAAGGAGGUGGAGGAGCACAACAUUUUCCACAGCGAGGUGGAGGCUCUGGCGAGUCACAUACCCACCAGUGGUGACAAGGAAUACGUCAGUAGUCUUCAGAAGCAAUACAAUAAACUGCUGGCCAGUUCCAGCGCCCGUCAGCAUGACCUGCAGACCUUACGGGACUACAUGCAGUCCUGCACCAAUGAGCUGUACUGGAUGGACCAGCAGGCCGACGAGAGGAUCAACUACGACUGGAGCGACACCAACCUGGACUACCCGGCCCGCCAGAGGCAGUACGAGAACUUUAUCGGUAAAUGCCUGGAGUCCAAGGAAGCCACCAUCACUAGUCUUAACGAGGGCGGGGAGAAGCUCAUUGCCGCCAACCAUCCAGGAACGAAUGUUAUUGAGGCUCACAUGGAGGCCGUCCAUGCAGACUGGAAGGAGUACCUGAACCUGCUCAUCUGUGAGGAAAACCACCUGAAACAAAUGGAUGAGUACCAUAAGUUCUACAAGGAGGCCCGUGACACUCAGGACCUGCUGAAACAGCUGGAUAUGGACAUCAACCAGAAGUACAGUCCAGAGUACAAGGACGUGUAUCAGACCGAGGGUCUCAUCAGGGAGCUGGAUGACCAGGCCAAAGCUGUGGACAACUUUGACGAUCGCGUCAAGGCUCUCCAGAAGCGCAGUCUGCAGGUUCUGCCUCUCAAGUACCGCAGAGAAACGCCCCAGAAGCUGCUGCCCGUUGAAGCUCUGUGUGAGUUUGACACAGACGAGGUACGUAUCUCUGAGACCACCUGCCAGUACUAUGAUAUGUACAAAACAUGCUAUAAGCUAAUGUCGUAUGAUCUGAACCAUGGCUUCUGGGAUCAACCACAGGGGCAGAUUCUGCGUGGGGAGCGGUACACUCUGCUCCGCAACAACGGGCCCAAAUGGGAUGUGAAGGACGCCGCCGGACGAAAGAUCACUGCCCCAGCGAUCUGCUUCUUCAUUCCUCCCACUGACCCCGAGGCCGUGGCCAUGGCCGACAGCGUAGCCAACCAGCAGAAGGUGGUCAAGCAGAAGAUGGGCAGCAGCAAGGCAGCGCUGGUGAAACAAUACGAUGUCCUGAAGAAGGAGAGCGGGACUGGUUCAGCAACAGACAAGGGGGAACAACAGUGUCGCCAGCUGAUGGCAGGUCUGGACAAGGUUGUCAGUGACCUGGACAAACAGGAGAAAGCCAUUUAUGCCAACGUGCGCCCCCCACUGGAGCAGAACCGGCCACUGCAAGACAGCAAGGACCGUCUGCAGGACAUGAGGGACAUUGCCGCUGCUGUCAAGAAGAUCGAACCAGAAAAGGCCUCUAAGGUGCAAGAAGCAAACAACUUCUUGGCUUCGAACUCAAAGUGUGCAAGUGCUCCUCAGCUUUACAGCAAGGUGGACGAAGCCAACAAGAAGUACAGCAAGGUGGAGCAGCUCCUUCAGUGCUCCCAGGAGAAACUAAAAAAUUCCAGCGAGCUGGAAGCGUCUCUGCAAAAUGGGAAGACUGUUCUUUCUGCCUACGAAAAUAAACUGGCGAGGGAAGAGGUGGCACCUGCUGAUUUAACCUCGCUGGAGAAGACACAGCGGGAGCUCGCAGACAUUGCCACAGACCUGAGGUCAAAAAGGUCGGUGAUCACUGAGAUGGAACAGAACCUGCGUGCGUCCAAAAGCAGCUGCGAUAGCAUGGUGAGCAAGUUCCAAGAGCACUGCCCCGACAUCGACAGGCAGGAGGCUGAGGUCCAGAAGCUGAACCAGCGCUUCAACAACAUCAACAAGCAGCUCGACAGCAGGUCCCAAAGUCUGCAGAGAGCCAAGAUGUCGUACACCAACUACCGGAGCGACUACGACAACCUGAACAGCUGGCUGUCACGUGUCCCGAACUAUGAGCCGCGUGAAACCGAUGAUGUGAGACAAGUGGAGACCAAACUCAGGAAUCAGAGGAACCUGCUCUCUGAUAUCACAAGAAAGCAGUCCGAACUAAAUAAUGUCUCAAAAAAUGCUCAGCAGUACCAACAAGCCGUCAAAGACUAUGAGACGGAGACUGAUAAGUUCAGGUACAUGCUUGACCUUGAGGACGGCAUUGUUCCUCAGCCUUAUAAAAAGGCGGGCCGACUGGAAUCACCUGCAGCCAUAGUAAAGGCAGAGGAAGCUGCUAUUGAGUCCAAGUUUACUGAAGUGAAUGCUGUAAACAAGCAAAGGUUACAGAAUCUUGAGUUUGCAGAUAGUCUUCUCAGACAGCAACCUGAGGUGCCUGUUAUCCAGGCAGCAAAUGUCAAGUUAAAUGCGGCUGCACCAGGAGAAGAGCCGUGGAGAAUCAGAAAGCAGCUGGAAGAUGAGAUCCAGAGGAGAGAGCAGAUACAAAAAGAAACUCAGAAUGUCCAGAGUGAAAUCUAUAUCCUCGAAGGACAGAAGCCCCAGGACACAAUCGUUAAAAAGGAGCUGAUCAAAAAGGUCCCUGACCCCCAGCUGGAUGAGGAGGUCCAUAAGGUCCAGCAGAAACUGUCAGAGGAGCGUCGCACCACCCACGUCCUAGAGAAUGACCUGGAAGUACUGAAGGUCAAGCUGCGUGGUAUCGAGACUGAAGUCAAGGAAGGGGCACAGCAGUAUACAGUGAAGGAGGUCCUGCGCAUAGAAAGAGACCGUGGUCAGGAGGAGGAGCUGCGGAAGCUCCGGGAGGAACUGGAUGAGAUCAGAAGGCAUAAGUUGGUGAAAGAUAAUGAGCUCAUUCAGAUUCAGAAGCAGGUGACUCUUCUGGCUGAAGAGAAGAGCAGGGAGCAGGAGGUGAUCACCGAGGAGGAGGUGAUCAAAGUCCAGAAUGACCCGCAGCUGGAGACGCAGUACCACCUGCUCCUGGACAGGAAGCAGAAGGAAAUCGAUAGUCGAAAGCAUCUGGAGGAUGAGCUGAACUUUCUUCAGGAUAAACUGCGACGGCUGGAAAAGGAGAAAGCUAUGGCGGAGGAGAAGAUCUCCAUCAAGGAGGUGCUUCAGGUGGAGAAGGAUGUGACGUUGGAAAGGGAGGUCCAAAAUCUGAGAAGACAAUAUGAAGAUGAGAAAGCCAAACGGAGGUCAUCGCAGAGAGAGAAGGCUGACCUCCAGAGGAAAAUCACAAGCCUGGAGGAGGAGAAGUCCAAGGUUAUUAUUCAGGAGAAGGUUCGGGAAAUCGUCCGUCCCGACCCCAAGGCUGAAAACGAAGCGGCUAAUCUCCGACUCGAACUUGUGGAGCAACAGAGGCGCUUUAGAGACGCGGAGCUCCAGCUUAGAUCUCUGCAAGACGAGCUGACCAUGCUGAGGAACAGAGGGCCUCAGGUGGAGGUCAAGGAGAUCAUCAAAGAAGUCAUCAAAUAUAAGACCGAUCCACAAACCGAACGGGAACUCGAGAGGCUUCGCAAUGAAAUAGUGGACAAAACCCACCUGACUGAGAAAUCAGAGCUGGAAAUCCGUCAACUGAACGAUGAAAUACAAAGGUGGAAGGAUACCAAACCCCAAGUUCAGACAAAGGAGGUUGUCAAUGAAGUGAUGCAGUACAGAGAAGACCCCAAAACCAAGGAGGAGAUCGAGACUCUCAAAAGGAAACUGGCCGAUGAACAGAAGAAACGUCUUGACCUUGAAAGCGAAAGGUUGGCCCACGAGGAGAAGAUCCGACUGAGGAGGUUAGAUCUGUCCCAGGUCCGUGAAAAGAUUGUUCAGCAAGAAGUGGUCAAGAUGGAACAAGACCCUCUCCUCAAGUCCGAGUGCGACACCUUCGAGCAAAACAUCAGCAAGGAGCAGAAACAAAAGGAGAGUCUGAAAUUAGAGCUGGUCCAACUGCAGCGGCAGAAGACGGAGUUGGACCUGCAGCUGGAGGAACUGGAGCGCGAGCGCAAGGCGAGGCGCGACGCGGAGCUGGAGAUCCAAAGGCUCCGCGUGCGACUCAACGAGCUGGAGAUCCGCGACAGAGAGAACCGCGAGAAGGUGACGGUCAAGCAGAAGGUGGUGCUGCAGCAGGACCCCCAGCAGGAGAAGGAACAUUCCAUCCUCAGGCUCCAGCUCGAGGAGGAGCGGCACAGGCGAACGCUGCUUGAGAAGGAGCUCAACGUCCUCAUCCAGCAGCAGCUCACCUUGGAGAAGGUCGACGUCAAGGAAAGAGUCGUCCGCACCGAGAAGGUCCAGGUUGAAAGAGACCCCGAGGCGGAGAUUGAAAUCGAUAACCUGCGGAGGACACUGGAGGAGGAGAAGCGAAGGCGGAGGGAACUUGACCAGGAGCUCAUCUCCCUCAAGACGAGGCUCUCGGACACAGAGUUUUCCCACACCAAGUCUUCUAAAGAACUGGACUACAUCCGCGAUGAAAGCAACCGCCUCCAGCAGGAGAACCAAAGGCUGCAGAACGAGAUCCGCAAGCUUCGCUCGGAGAUCGAGAUCACGAGCAAAGAGACCCGGCUCAUCACCGAGUCGGCGCCGAGGGAGAGCGGCAAGAACCUGGAGUUGAGGCUGGACUCUCUGCAGAAGGAGCUUUCGGAGCUCAGGAGCAUAACCCAGCAGAAGGACGGGGAAAUUGAGAAGCUUCAGAAGAGUCUGACAGCAGUGAGGAUGAAGAGGGAGCAGAGGGAGAGCCACCUCCGCAGGUCUAUCGUCGUCAUCGACCCAGAGACGGGCAAAGAGAUGCGCCCAGAAGAAGCUUACAAGCUGGGGCUGAUCGACUGGAAGAUGUUUGUGAACCUGCAGAGCCAGGAGUGUGACUGGGAGGAGAUCUCGGUGAAGGGCCCCAAGGGAGAAUCCUCAGUCCUACACGACAGGAAGUCUGGGAAGAAGUUCUCCAUUGAUGACGCUCUGCGUCUUGGGAACAUCACCCAACGCCAGCUGCAGCAGUAUAUCAACAAGGAAAUCUCCAUUCAGGAGUUUGGUGUAAUGGUGUCAGGAAAGAACAAGUAACUAAGGAAGCAGUCUGGUUUAGUUCUUUCAUUAUACUUCUUGUCUGAUUAAAUGCUACGGGGAGGCAGAUUUUGACUUUUAUAUUUUAUUUUUCUCCUUUUGUUUUCCUGGCAUGACCAUGAAUUGAUAUUAGCCUAAAUGAUAUGUCUGCUUAGCUGAGCUUUGACUUCUUGGGUACCAGGGCUGAAAACAUGUUAAAAUGUCAUUUAUUUCAUUUCCUUGUUAGGAUGUGUGCUCUGCAACCUCAAUAAAUGAACCAACAAACUAAGAAA